GCCAAUUGACUGAUUUAUAAAUCACUUUGCGUUAUAAAUAACGAUUCAUUAUUAUUUGUAGAUUAGUCCGAAUGUACCACAUGAUACAUUGCGGUUUUGAUCCUUUCAAAUACGGCCUGGUUAUUUUACGCCUGCUACGUUAGGGCGCACUGUUAGCUAGCAAGCCAUCAUUCGUCUGUUUGGCCAAAUACUUAUUAUUUUUCACGGUUUAUUUAGAGGUAUCCCCACUUGACGAAAGUGCAAUGUCGUCGUGGGCACCAGGCGGCAGACGGCCUCAACCCAACCCAAAUGGAGGCAGUGUUAAACCUCUUCGGCCUUUUCGAAGACCAGCACCAUACCCCGUGAGAGAAGACAGGACCGACGACCACAAGGAUUCUGAGAGUUACGAGGAGUUGGACCAACAGCAUGACUACUCCGGUAACAACAUGGACUAUGAAGGAUAUCAACAAAAUGCUUCUCCCAAAGUUUACAAUGCAGCUGACAAACGUAGCGCACUCUACCAGCGGUUCUAUAAGCAACUCCAGGAAAAGACACCUGCCGACUGUGUGGUUCUGUCUGUGAGCAACCAGAGCACGGAUUACCCCAAAUCUAUAGGCCACUGUUUGCAGGACCGUGGCCUCUCGGUGGAAAUGAUUUACCUGCAGGCGGAGUCGGGCCUGACCCGGGCCCUACAAGAUGUCCGCUCCGACGGUUCCCCCUUAUGUAUUCUCGUCGAACAGACUAACGUAGCUCUGUCCUCGUGCACAGUAAUCAUAUUUUCAGAAUCCCUCAAAAUCCACCGCAACAUGCCCAAGGACCAUGCCAUGGACUUUGUGAUGGCGGAAUAUGGCCGUGGGCUUGGGGAGCGGACGCAGCAGAAGGACUCUGCAGAAACAGGGGAGCGGGCGGCCGAGCUGGUGGAUGACUACCUGGAGAGAGAGAAAGUGGAGAGGCAUGCUGUGCCCUCUGACACCCGCCAGCUGCUCUUCUUCCUGGCCGAGGGAGUCCACCUGUACCCCGAGGAGCUGAGCACCAUCGCGGAGUAUCUUCGCAACCGCCAGGACCAUCUGCAAGCCACGUCUGAGACUGGUGAUGGCCCCCGGCCUGAGAGGAAGAAGAUGUUGCCUCCUGGUUUAGGGAAACCUCCACCGCUGCUACCCACCCCCUCAGGCCCUCAUGGCAGAGAGCCACCCCCUGGGAUGGGAGAGCACCCUGCCACCCCCCUCAUGACUCCAGGCUCAUACCCCAAGACCAAGCCCCCUCCACUGCUGUCCAUGCACCAGGGACAGGGGCUACCUCAUCGUCCCCCUCAUGGUCCCCCACCCCCUCAUGGCCCCCACGGUCCACUACCUCGAGGACCCCCACACCACCAUGGCCCCCCUCUUCCCCGAGGGCCCCCUCCCCCCCGUGGUCUUCCACAGAGUGGCCCCAUGACCCCACACGGCCCCAGAGGAGCCCCACCAUCACUGAAGAGCCUUCACAUGGGACCACAGCCUGGGCUGCUCCCCUGUCCAGGUGGUCUGCCUCCACACCCUAACACACCCAGGCGCUGAGAGAAGAACACCUCUAGACCACCAUGGACAGACAGUAGAAAGCAUUAGAGCUGAUCAGGAAACACUGUCAUACUGGCCUGAGGAGUGGGAUCUCCUUCAGCUCAGUGCCCUGCUGCUGCUCUCUCAGGACCCCACACUACCACUCCUCAUCUCAGAGCCCUGUAUAGAUAGUCUCUGCAUCCAUAGUUUAGCAAGCUGAAAUGGAAUGUUGGUUUUAUUUGACUAUUUGGGAGUUCAGAGCUCAAUUUUUAUGAGUGUUUGAGUUGACCCACAACAAUGUUCAGGAGCCAAGUCAGAACAAAUGACUUUUUUUUAAUUUUUAUUGCAUUCUCAGAUUCUUAGUUUUUUUUGUUUCAUUUAUCUGUUUUUAGUUUUUAUCUGAAAAUUGGCUAUCAAAUAUUAUAAUAAACAAUAGAUUAAAGGCUAAUCAAUCUCAUAUCUUUUGCAAUCAUCUCAUCACACUCAAUGAUCUGUCUUUGGAUCCCAGAUUUGUCCUAGGAGGAUAUUAUGCCAGUAUGCUAUCAAUUUAAGAACAUAAUAAGCAAUUCAUGGUAAACGUCUGCACCUGUUUCUAUUUGGCACAUGUGACAAAUAUAAUUACAUUUCAAUCUCGUGAUAAAUAUGAAGGUGAUAUGUUCAGGAGCAGGUCUGAGCAUGUGGUUAUCAACUUCAAUAUUUAUUUUGUUAACUAAGUAAAUUGGUAAUGAUACUGGAGUAAAAUUAGCUAAUUAACAAGAACGGAACUCAGUUUCUUAGGCUCUAUUUUUAAAAUAUUAUCUACGUGUUUUAUUAGAAUAAAACAUUCAAUUGUAGCUGUUCCUUUUUCUGUGUUAUCUCCCAUUAUCAAAUAAAUGUUUUUGCACCAAUCAUCACCCAGUGUUUAGGACAGUAUAAAAGGUGUGACUUAACAGUUUCUGGCAGCUGUUUCGUAUUGGGAACCCUCAGUAUAAUGUGCCCAUGAAAAUUAAGAAGUUAUUGUGAUGUUUUUUUUACAUACACAGUACUAUAUCAAACAUGGAUGAGAUACUGUGUGCAUCUAAGCCAACCUUGGCAGUGGUCUGAUGUAAAAUCAGACAAUUUGUAGUACUUCUAUCACUAGAUGGUGCUAUAGAUCCAUUCAACUAUCAUUAUCUUUGAAACCACUGCAUCGCCAAUAUCAAAUGUGUUUUGUAUUCUGACAUUGAAAGGCUUCAAUCAAUAUAUUUGAAUCGGAAGUCAGUUAUGUUUUCAUUGUUUUUGCCACAAGCCUAAUGUUUUGCAUGACUUUGUUUCCUUAGUGAUUUCUUAUUCUGUAUCAGUUUAAGCGAACGAAGCACCACCCUGAAUUGAUUAAGAUUAAAGGAAAUAAUCUUGUUACUGAAA